UAUCUCUAAUUAAACCGAUUCUAUUUCGACUGAAAAAAUGAAAAAUCAGCGGUGGCGCGGUGCUGCCGCCGUGGAAGAGGGCGGCAGGAUUAUCGCAAUUACCUUCAUGAGCCUCCUCCUGCCCCUCUCCUUCCUCCUCCUCGCCCGCCUUUCCGCGGCCCGCUACUUCUCCGCCGCCGCCGUUAGCGGUCACGAAAUUUCCUUCCUGACGUCUGUUUUCGUCCGCCGCAACACAACGCUGAUCCUCAGCUUCCUGGUGAUCGCCGUGGCAAUUGAAACUCUUUUACGCGGUGAUAAACGGCGUCGUUUAUGGGUUGCGUUGGUGAUGAUUUCCCUGAUGCAAAUUUGCCUCAGUUUAGGGAUUCACGGCGGCGCCGCCGUCGCUGAGAUAAGAGGUUCCGCGGCUGGGAAUCUAGUUUUGGCGAGAAGAGCGGUUUUCGUGUUGGGGCUGCAUGAGGUGACGAUUUUCUGGCGGCGGAGCGUGGUGGCGCCGGUGGUGGACGAUACAGUGGGCGGAUUUGGGUUGGUGGAGGAGGUGAUUUUGGCGGCGGGGUUUGGUAAUCUGUGGUGGAGGAGGCUGAAGGAUGAGGCGGAGGCGCUGGUCGAGGUGGCGGGUGCUGUGGGGUUGCUGUUGUAUUAUUUGACGGCGGUGAUUGGCGGAGUUAGGGUGAUCAAGGGCUUCGCGUGGGCAGCGAGAUGGAUUUGCGGACGUCGCCGUUGGCGUGGGAAGAAAGAGGUCAACGCCGCCGUCAACAGUCCCGUUUAAGCUAAAAUAUCUAAAUCCUUUGGGUUUAGAUUUUCUCAUUAUGACAUUAAUUACAUUUUCGCUUUGGCUUGCAAAAGUUAGCAACUCAUUUGGGAAAGGUGAUGUUUACGGGAUUCGAUUCUAAUUAAUCAAUCAAACA